AGAUCCGGCAGCCAACAACAGAAGAGCGUUCAAGGCAUCUUGUGCGUUUCACUUCCGUGGUCACACGUACCAUGUUGAAAAGGGGUCUUGCGAGACGAUGUCAACGAAUGUGUUUGUUGUGACAGAUGGCUCCUUGUUGGGGUAGCUCCUCAUGUCAGGUCAGGUCAGGUCCUUUCGGCCCAAGCGAUGAAAUCCAAGAUGCGGUUCUCGAUGUUUCCAGUUAGCCUAGCGCUGGCACGUUGCCCAGCACCUCAAGCACCUGUUGGCACUUCGACUGCCAAGCGAGAUUCUGUGUGUGAUGGGAUCUUGAUGGAUGGCGAACAUUGCAUACCACUGUGUCCUGGCUAUGAUCCUUCACCUCCUUUGCUGUCUUGCUUUGGCGACCAGCUUGUGCCGGAAGCUUUCGCUUGCAAACCGCAGAGAACCUCCAAAGUGAGGGAAGAUACAGCUUUUGUCGAUGAUUUUCCAGUAUCAAACUGCUUGCAAGAAGCGGCUGAGUGCAGCCACCAGCGCCUGCAGUACGUCACCCAUUUGGCACAAUCAGGCACUUGGGAAGGCACGACAUGCACUGUCACCAUUUGUUUGGAUACUGUAUGAAUUCUGUGACAGAUUCUUUCAGUUCGCAUUGAGUUCCGUUUCCAGGAAGUAGCUUCAAAUGAGGGCUGCAAAGCUCAUUGUGCCCAAGACCUUGAAAUGGCACCAAGUUGGGACGGCACAACGUUUGCUCAUAAGAGCGAUGGCCUAACCUAGAAGCGAUGGCCUCCAACCUAAGAGCGAUGGCCUCUAUCCUAAAGAAGGCUCAGUUGGGCUGCUUCUGGGUGUCAAUCGUCUCCAGCGUCGGAGCCGUGCUGUGACAAAGAGCCAGCACUGGGUACUCUUCACGACGCUUCACACGGCCCCAUGCUAAGUGGAUGCCAAAGGGACGCGCAGACUGACUGUUUUCUGUGUUGCAGAGCAUGACUGGCAAGCACGUCAAACUUAUCAGUGUGACUGUUCACAGUCUUCAUCUCGAC